UCUUCUCGUCUGGAAUAUUUGCACUGAAUUGUAGAGAGCGAAGGGGUAAAUCGGGGAUAUAGGCCCCCCAGUCGUGCGGCUCAGCAGACUUGCAUUUGGCGGGGUGCUCGACUUUUUUACUGAUCGCGAAUUUUACUGAUCACAUGACCUACCAGAUUGGGUCUCGAGGAACAGUUGCUAUCAGGGCACAGUCAUGUCUCUAUAAAAUCAUCCACCGCGAACUCGACAGCAUCUUUUGCAUGGAGAAGUCAGAUCAGGACUAUUAGAAGGAUCUGAAUCAUGGAUAGCGUGCCCGAGGUCUUGUUUGCCUCGAUGGGCAUGUUCAUCAUCGACGAGAUCCACUAUCUCGACGGAACCUGUCUCAGAGAUAUCGUCGGCGGCGCAGGAACAUAUGCUGCCUACGGAGCCAGGUAUUUUCUGCCACCUCCAGCGUCUAAAGGCGUGGGGUGGAUCGUGGACGCCGGUAGUGAUUUUCCAGAGCAGAUUAAGCAGGAUUUGCUCGCCCUCGAUACCACCCUGAUUUUACGGGAGGAUAAGUCGAGACUUACGACCAGAGGAUGGAAUGGAUACACAGAGAAUGAGCACAGAGCAUUCAAAUACAUGACGCCAAAGAAGAGACUCACAACCGACGACCUCGAAGGCACACCGCUGAUAAAAUCCAGAACGUUUCAUCUCAUCUGCUCCCCCGAGCGCGCCACCAGUUUAAUUGAAGGCAUUGAAGGACGGAGGACAGCGUUAGGUGCCGGUUUGCCCAAGGCAAUUAUUGUAUGGGAACCAGUACCUGACUUGUGCACGCCUGACCAUCUGGAAGCGUGCUACGCCGCUUUACCUUCGGUCGACAUCUUAUCUCCCAACUCUGCCGAGGCAGCUGCGUUCUUUGGCCAGGACGAGCCCAAGGAGAAAGACGAGAUCGAGGCUAUCGCGCGUCGCUUUCUGCCAUACAUGCGCGACGACGCGGCUAUCGUGAUCCGAGCAGGCAGCUACGGCAGCCUUGUUCUUACAAAGAAAUCCGGGAGCACAUGGCUCGAGUCGUACCAUACGCCGUUCCCCGACCGAGUGGUCGAUCCUACCGGGGCGGGAAAUACGUUUGUCGGAGCAAUGUGCGUGGGCUACGUGCUCUCGGGCGGCGACUUUGUCGAAGCGGCGAUUUACGGGAAUAUAGCUGCCGGAUUGUCGAUCGAGCAGGUUGGCCUUGCACGGCCUUCGACGGCAGAUGGGGUUGAGCUGUGGAACGGCAGCAGGGUCACUGACCGAUUGGCAGAGUAUAAGAAGCGGAUAGGACGGUAGUGAGCUGUCGGUGUGUAUAUAUGUGUAGUAUCUGUAUUUAUAAUGCUAUUAUAGGAUCUGACUCUAUAAUAGUAGAGACCAGCGAGAA